CUGCUGGCUUGCUUGCUUGCAUGGCUAUAUAGCAAUCAGACGGACGGUAUAGAACACGUCGGUGCGUGCGUGACUCUGCGUGCGUGACUCCUUGCGUGUUUUCCUUGUGCAUUCGCGCUCAUCUCCUCCGCUGCAUCUUGUGGACUUAUCUGAUGUGAGAGGGGGAAGCCUGCAGCCAGUGAAACCUGCUCCACUGUGGAUGACUGAAGCUCAUCUACUGAGGACUCGGCAACCAUGAACAAGGUGAAAAACUUCAAGAGGCGUUUCUCCCUGUCUGUCCCUCGCACUGAGACCAUAGAGGAGAACGAGUUCACGGAGCAGAUCAACCAGCUGAACAUGAGACACACUCAAGACCUGACACCAGAGCGGUUGAGUUCAGCUUCAUACGAUGCCAGUCCUGUGAGUCCUGAGCCUACCACGCCCAGUGCCCACUCCCCCUCCCAUCUGCACUACCACAGCAAGGCCCAGCACAGACGCUUCUCUAUGGAGGAUGUCAGUAAGCGCAUGUCUCUGCCCAUGGACAUCCGUCUGCCCCCAGAGUUCCUCAAAAAGUUGCAAAUGGAGAGUGAAAACUCGCCCCUCUCCAAACCGCUCAGUCGAAUGUCCCGGCGGGCUUCACUGUCUGACAUCGGCUUUGGGAAACAGGAGACGUAUGUGAAGCUAGGGAAACUCGGUGAGGGCACGUACGCCACUGUGUUCAAAGGCCGCAGUAAACUGACCGAGAACGUGGUGGCUCUGAAGGAGAUCCGCCUGGAGCACGAGGAGGGAGCGCCCUGCACCGCCAUCAGAGAAGUGUCCCUGCUGAAAAACCUGAAGCAUGCGAACAUUGUUACAUUACAUGACAUCAUCCACACGGACCGCUGCCUCACACUGGUGUUUGAGUAUCUGGACAGUGAUCUGAAACAGUAUCUGGAUAACUGUGGGAACCUAAUGAGCAUGCACAAUGUGAAGAUUUUUAUGUUCCAGCUCCUCCGCGGUCUGUCCUAUUGUCAUCAAAGGAAAAUCCUGCACAGAGACCUAAAACCUCAGAACCUGCUCAUUAAUGACAAGGGGGAGCUCAAACUUGCAGAUUUCGGUCUGGCCAGGGCAAAGUCUGUCCCCACUAAGACAUAUUCUAAUGAAGUGGUGACUUUGUGGUAUCGACCUCCAGAUGUUCUACUAGGCUCCACGGAGUACUCCACGCCAAUCGACAUGUGGGGCGUGGGAUGUAUCCUGUAUGAGAUGGCCACGGGUCGACCCAUGUUUCCUGGGGCAACAGUGAAGGAGGAGCUGCACUUGAUAUUUAGACUAAUGGGGACACCCACAGAGGAGACCUGGCCUGGGAUCAGCAGUAACGAAGACUUCAGAUCGUACCUCUUUCCUCAAUACAGACCUCAAGCUCUCAUCAACCACGUACCCAGGCUAGAUACUGAGGGGAUCGACCUGCUAUCUGCCCUGCUCCUGUAUGACACGAGGAACAGGAUAUCGUCAGAGGCUGCACUUCGACACCAGUACUUCCAGAGUUUGGAGGAGAACAUUCACAACCUGCCAAACACCGCCUCUGUGUUUUCCCUCAGAGAGAUCCAGCUGCAGAAAGACCCAGGACAUCGCACUUCUGUGUUCCAGCCUUUAGCCCGUGGAAAAAACAGAAGACAGAGCAUCUUCUAGAAGUCAAAGGUCACCGAAGAGAGACUCACAGCACAGAAACCAACGCAGACGCACAAACUCACAAGCGUGUUCCAUUUGGAGAUACCCUGCAUGGACCUAACAGAGCACCGCUAUCACUACAUGGAUGAACGUGAUGAGUGAAACGGAUGCACUUUGAAUGCCUGUCUUCAUACAAACACAAAAACAAACACAAAAAAUAACAACAUCUUUGCUCUCACUACUACUAAAGCAAAUCACUGUUACAACUAAGCAUAAAGUUACAUUAUAGUAGUAUUAGUAAUCAUAAACUUCUUGUAGACAGAAGAGUGCUUUGGUCAUUCAAGAAAGCAAGAAAGGCAAACAAGUACACUGUAUCCCCAUAAUAUUCACCUUAAUAGGAGAUCUGGUACUGUUUGACAAGGGCAUACAUUGCUAAAGCGUUAAUUACUUGCUGGUACAUGUCAAAAUAUCAGAAUAACAAAGGUCUGGUUAAAGGAAUAUUUUAUCAACGACAUUAAUUUCAUUUGACACUAAGCAAAGUAUGUGGAAUUAUACAGUACAAGAACACUAAUGUACAGCUUCAACGAAAUGUGGUCUUAUGUUGAGAAAUGUUUCAACAUACCCAACACAUGUAAUUAUAUAUAUGUGUGUACAAAUGUGAAGCUUGGUAUGAAAGUCACAGAUGAAUUUAAAUGGUGUGACAGCUGUGAUUGGAUCGCUGCUUGUGAUCAACCUCAACAGUAGCAUUAGCGGAUAAAUAUAACAGCACAAAUACACAAAUACACUCUUGUCUAAAGGUACAGUAUCAUAGGUACUGGACGUGUUGCCUUGCUCCACGUGCCCGAUGUCCCUGGGUGGGUGUUUCCAUGACAGUGUUACAUACAUUCCAGUUAUUGAAGUUGCCUUAGUAAAACUGUGCAUGAUGUUCUGGCUUGUGGAGGUAGUUAAUCUAGUGAAGCCAUUGUUUUUGAGGCAUUUGCUUUGUGUCUGUAAAUAGUCUGUUUGAGUGUGUGGUGUGUCUCCUCUUUGCACAAACCAGAAGUGUCCUAUCAGGCUUGCUCCCUUCCCAUCUUUUUUUUUUAUCCUGUCUUUUACACAACCAAACCUCCCUUCAAAAUGAUGGAAUUUUAUGUCCUAAAUUUUGAGUAGCAGUUUUUACCAAUACCCUAGUGGACUUGGCUUUUACUUCAUUUGGACUACAAUUUGAUUCAGCUUGACUGGACUAUGAAUAUUUAAAAAUGUACUGACUUAUGGACCUAAUGACCCUUGACUUAAUACUAAAAGUGCAAUACAAAUUACUUGGCCCUCACUGUCCAAUUACAAGAUACAACCAUCAGUAUGAAAAUAUAAAUUCUAUGUAGAAACGUGUCUUGCUUGUGUAGAUACAGCAGUGGUUAAUGAAAUGGCUCAGUAUGAGGUGACUUCAUGUGGAAGACGUUGCACUUGUCCUCUAUAUGUCUUCCGCAUCUCUGCCAGUAGAAAAGUCAAUAAAUUGAAAACAAAAUUAGUGAACUUGCAAUAACUUGACUAACUUGUAAUUUGACACGGUCUAAAAAAAUCAAUUAAAUGCAAUAGUGCUCCCUAGUGGACAGAAGUCUCCAUACAAUGUAGCUGUGCUGCAAAGUACAGUGUGGCUGGAGGGCUCCUGUGCACAACUGACAUCCAACACAUGUAACAAUAGUACUGUUAGCCUUUAGCCUGGCUGCAUUAGGCCUUAGGUUUAAAAUUACCAGUAAAAUAAAACCAUAUCUUGACUAGAAGAAAUUGCAACUGUUCAAGUGCCCUUAGAAUAUAGACGCUUGCAUGCUCAAAAAUGCCACUACAGGUUUCUACCUCUUAAAGUAUUCUAUAGCCUGGGCCUGCACAGUUCAGCAUAGAUGAGAAUAGAUGAGAGAGAUCUUUUAACAGAGUCUUGAGGUCGUCAUUGCUUUUGCGUAAGGCACCCCACUCCCAAAUCUGUGGUACAAGUAUUACUUCAUGUUUAAUAAUAUUAAGAUAUUUUCUGCAAUGAAAAAAGAUUAUAUAUAGGUUUAUGUUCCCAUAUUUCUCAGUGACAUGUCUGCUGAAAUAGAGAAUUGUAUUUAAAAUAUUUAAAAUGUCUAAAUGUUUUAUAAAAGAUGUUUAGAUUUUGUAUGAUAUAAGAUGUGAUAUUUUGUGUGAUUUAUUGUCUACACUGCUAUGAGAAAAUGAAUGUAUUGUUAUUGCCAAGAGGUUUAAAAGUGAAUAACUGACUGAUUUAUGAAUAAACACUG